GUAGUACGGAUGAUCUAACGUUAAUAUGCCGCAUAUUAAUCAGCACCUAUUGCAAAAACAGCUUGACCUAAGAGAGAAAAUGUAGAUUUUUUUAGAAGGAUUCCUUUCUGGUGUUAUUUCCAUUACAGAGGCUUGGGGUGGAGAAACUCACAGGAAGUUUGUGAUGUCAGAACCUGACUUUAUAAACCUUUGUCUUGAAUUGAGAUGUGCUCAGUCAUCAAGAGGACAUGCAGUACGGUACACAUACUCAAGAUGUUAAUGCUAAUGUGGAUUCAAAUGCUGCUGUAUGAUAUAGUCGAUUCACAGACACAAAAGAAAGUGGCCUAUCAGCCGAACCCGGUGAUCAGUGCUGCUCCUGGUGAUAACGUGACUCUACACUGCUUUCUACAUGACGUACAAAAUUCUGAGCCAAUCGUUUGGUACAAACAAGAAGGAGGACACAAACCUUCCUUAGUGGCUGUGGUACAGAAAGUACAGGAUCCCAUUUACCAAGACGACUUCGUCUCUCCGAGGUUCAGAAUCGAGAAAGGAAGCCAGAGCUUUCAUUUGAAAAUAACGGACGUGAAACCGUCGGACGAAGCGGUGUAUUACUGUGGACUGAUUACGUUUUACAUUGUAUUUGCUAACGGAACAUAUUUAUCAGUGAAAGGUAAUGAAGAUGUGAGUGUCUCUGUGUGGCAGCGCGGCGUGUCUGACUCGGUUCCUGCAGGAGCCUCAGUGACUCUGCAGUGCUCGGUUCUCUCUGAGAGCAGAGCAGCAGAACUCCAAGUGCUCUGGUUCAGAGCUGCUCCACCACAAUCCCAUCCUCAAAUCAUUUACACUCAUCACAACAGCAGGCAUCAGUGUGAGAGCGACUCUUCUACACACACCUGUGUAUACAACUUCUCCAAGAACAUCGUCAGCCUCAAUGAUACUGGAACUUACUACUGCGCUGUGCUCCUGUGUGGGAAGAUCAUCUUCGGGAACGGGACACCAGUACAGAUGCAGAACGUUGCAUCUUAUAAUCCUGUAGUGAUCUGUCUGGGAACAGCGCUGGUAAUGUGCGGGAUUCUGAUUUCUGUUCAAACUGUUUUACUCUGUAAAAGAAAAAACGGUCCACGACACAGAGAGAGAAUUCAGCACGAUGCCGUGAUAAACACUGACGAGACGAACACUCAGGUUGAUGAGCUGAAUUAUGCUGCCUUACAUUUUAAUGAAAGAAAGAUUAAAAGAGUGAGAGGAAACCGAGGUCCAUCUCAAGACAGUGUUUACUCUGAAGUGAAACAUUCCAGCAUUUCUCACAUAAAAUAAUCUUUAAUAUUAUUGUGUCUGAAAUUGUUUGAUCUGUUUUAACGUAUUUGUACAUAAGCACACUGUAGUGAAUCAUCUGAGUUUUUUUGUGUUAAAAUAUAUAUUAAAUAUAGA